AUGGCUCACCCCCAAGACCACCUUCACACCACAUCCCUCACGGACCCGGAGUCCUUCUGGGCUCAGCAAGCCGCACACCUGGACUGGCACAAGAAGCCCACCACCAUCCUGCGCAAGUACACCAAGACCCUCCCUAAAUCAAAGACAACCCAUGACCAUUGGGAGUGGUUCCCAGACGGCGAGAUCUCGACAUGCUACAACUGCGUCGACCGCCACGUGCAGGCAGGCCACGGCGACCAGCCCGCCAUCCUGUACGACAGCCCCGUCACAAACACAAAGCAGCGCAUCAGCUAUGCGGAGCUGCAGGAUGAGGUCUCGGCCUUCGCGGCGGUGCUGCGCGAUGAGGGCGUCGGCAAGGGCGACACCGUCCUCGUCUACAUGCCCAUGAUCCCCGCCGCGCUGAUCGGCCUGCUCGCGGUGUCCCGGCUCGGCGCCAUCCACGCCGUUGUGUUUGGUGGCUUUGCACCCAAUGCCCUCGCGCAGCGCAUCGAUGCGUCGCGGCCCAAGGCUAUCUUGACUGCCUCUUGUGGUAUUGAUGGGAAUAAGCCGCCGAUCCCGUACCGGGAUUACAUCAUUGAGGCUGAGAAGCUUGCGAAGUGGAAGACACCGCGGACGGUCGUCUGGCAGAGGGAGCAGCUCGCUUGGCACCCGCUGGACCGGGCGAGGGGUGAGAGAAAUUGGAAUCGGCUUGCGAGGAGUGCGAGGAUGAGGGGCCAGAGGGUGAAGGAGUGUGUCCCCGUCAAGGGAAGCGAUGGGGUGUAUGUGAUUUAUACCAGUGGCACGACUGGGCUGCCGAAGGGCGUGGUCCGCGAUGCUGCUGGCCAUGCGGUGGGUUUGAGUUUAUCCAUGAGGCAAAUGUUUGGCAUUCAGGGGCCAGGUGAUGUAAUGGCCUGCUUUAGCGACAUAGGCUGGGUUGUGUCACACAGCUAUACGCUCUACGGUCCCCUCCUCGUCGGGGCCGCCACCGUGUUGUACGAGGGCAAGCCGGUCGGCACUCCUGACCCAAGUUCGUUCUGGCGGAUGAUCGAAGAGUACAAGGUGAACGCAAUGUUCACAGCACCGACUGCGCUCAGGGCCAUUCGCAAGGACGACCCACAGAACAAGCACAUCACCAAGAUUGGCGAGAGAGGUGGCUUGAGGUCGCUCAGGGCCAUGUUCCUAGCUGGCGAACGGUCCGAACCAGCGAUCAUCACGAUGUAUCAGGACCUACUCGGCAAGUACGGUGAUGAUAAAAUUGGCGGUGGGAAGGUCAUUGACAAUUGGUGGUCUUCCGAGUCUGGCUCGCCCAUCACAGGAAUCUCGAUGACGCCUCAUGUUGUAAAUAACCUCGCAGCGAAAUCUCCGUUGUCUAUCAAGCCUGGCAGUGCUGGAAAGCCUAUGCCUGGGUUUGAUGUGCGGGUAGUGGACGAUGAAGGUAAUGAGCUGGGGAAGGGAAAGAUGGGAAACAUAGUUCUUAAAAUGCCUUUGGCCCCGACUGCAUUUCGGACUUUGUGGGAGGAUGAAGAGAGGUUUUAUGGAGGCUAUCUCAGAAGAUUUAAUGGGAAUUGGUUGGACACUGGUGAUGCUGGUAUCGUUGACAAAGACGGAUAUGUCCAUAUCAUGGCCAGGUCUGACGAUAUCAUCAAUGUCGCUGCCCAUCGUUUAAGCACAGUGACCGAAGCCUGCGUAGUCGGCAUUCCCGAUUCUAUGAAAGGCCAGCUCCCCUUCGCCUUCGUCCUCAGUUCCUCCAGCAGCACUCUCGACGAUACCCAACUGCUCUCCGAAAUCCAGAAGCUCGUCCGCACCCAAGUCGGCCCAAUCGCAUCCCUUGGUGGAAUGAUCAGAACGACCACCACCGCCAAGCCUAUCAUCCCCAAGACACGGUCAGGCAAGACCCUCCGAAGGGUACUGCGCGAGCUGCUGGAGAACGCUGUCCACGGCGAGUUUGACAAGAACGUCAGCGUGCCCAGUACGGUUGAGGACGCUAGUGUUGUUGACACUGCGAAAGGUGCUGUGAGGGAGUACUUUGAGAAGAGAGGCGAGGCACAUCGCGCUAUUGAAGCGAGGUCGAAGCUCUGA